GAGCCACCUCUACAUCACACCACACCUCCACGAUGCGCCUCUUCCUGGCAGCGUGGCUCUGCCACCUGGCCGCCGCUUCAUUGACUGUAUCCAUUCCUCCGUCCACCCUCCUCCCUAAUCCGCAUUCUCUCCCCGCAAACACCCAUGCCACUCUCACCACCAAGGAUCGCGUCUUAACCGCCUCCCUCACCCGCUCGUCAACCCUGGUCUUCUCCGAUGUUCCCUCGACCGGUCCUAGCUCCUACCUUCUCGAUAUCCGCUCCGGCGAAUGGGUCUUUGCUCCCUAUCGCGUCGACGUGGCCGCCGAUGGAACCGUGCUCGGGGUCUGGGAAACUUUCCGAGGCAACCCGUGGGAUAAUCGCGGUGCGGAGAAAUACGUCGUUGAUGUUGUGGGGCAGACAAAGACCGACGUCGUGAUUGAAGCCAAGGUCGUCGGCCGCAAAGGGUUCUACGAGGAACGUGCCAAAUUCUCGCCGUUGAGUCUCGUCAAGAACCCGAUGAUCUUGCUUGCCAUUGUCGCUCUGGGAAUCACCCUAGGCAUGCCCAAGUUGAUGGAAAACAUGGACCCUGAAAUGCGCGCCGAGUUCGAGCAGCACUCCCGUUCAUCCCCGAUCACGGGUGCUACGAACAGCGCCAUGGCCGGGGGUGGGUUUGAUCUGGCCGGGUGGAUGGCUGGCACCUCGCCUGGUCCCAUGGCCGAUGCCGAUGCGGCCCGUGGUGGUGCAACAGGCCGGGAUACCAGUGGUGCCUCUCGGCGGCGAGGCUAA